AUGAAGUUCACCGUCGCCGCCGCCACUCUUACCGCCCUCGGCUUUGCCGCUGCCAACCCAGUCGAACUCGCUGAGAGGCAAGCCUGCCCCAAGGUCUACAUCUUCGGAGCUCGUGAGACGACUGUUCCUCAAAGCAAUGCUUAUGGAACCGCUGGCGGCCUCGUGAAUUCGGUCAAGGCUGCUUAUCCUGGCUCUAGCUCGGAGGCUAUUGUCUACCCAGCUUGCGGUGGCCAGGCAUCCUGCGGAGGUAUCAGCUACGACAACUCUGCCAGCCAGGGAACCGCUGCCGUCGUGAAGGCCGUCACAGCCUACAACCAGAAGUGCCCCAGCACACAGAUCGUCCUCAUCGGUUACUCUCAGGGUGGCCAAAUUAUGGACAACGCUCUUUGCGGUGGUGCUGGUGCCACUCUUACUGGCAACGCGUUGAAAGCCGUCAAGGCUGCUAUCUUCAUGGGCGACCCACACAACCGUGCUGGCCUCCCAUACAAUGUUGGCACAUGCACAACUCAAGGCUUCGCCGCCCGCCCCGCUGGCUUCCAGUGCUCACCUGCCAACACAAGCAUCAUCAAGUCGUACUGCGAUGCUGCUGACCCAUACUGCUGCACUGGUAACGAUGCCAACACUCACCAGCAGUACGUCAACAAGUAUGGUUCCCAGGCUUUGGCUUUCAUCAAGACCAAGGUUACCGCAUAA